CAAAUUCAAGAUGGCAGACAUGCCGCUUGAGCCAUGAGAGUAUGGAACCGUAGGAGUACAAGUUUUAGGUGUGUCUUUUUAGAUAUCGAACUAGAAUGUCGCCCGAAUUCUUGACUAAAAUCCUAUUUGAAUGUUUUGACAAUGUAAAUCUUCGUUUUUGUGUCUCGUGCGCUAGAUUUAGGUAACAUUUGUGCCGGAACAUAUGUAAUAAACCGAGAUCGAAAUUGUGUUGUUCGGUGUAUCGUGUACGAUAAUUAUUCUUGUGUAAAUGGUAAAUUAAAAUGUGGAAUAUGAUGUGCGACGUGAUGCCCACGAUUUCUGAGGACAGUAUCAGCCAGAGAAGUUCGCAGUUAUCUGGUGAAGAUGCUAACUUCGAGCAGCUCAUGGUGUCUAUGUUGGACGAGCGUGAUAAGCUUGUGGAGAGUUUGCGGGAGACGCAGGAGCGUCUGGGCGACUCGGAACUGCGCCUCAAGGAGGUGGAGAAGGAACGGGACUCCUUGCAUAGGCAAAUCGCCGCCAACUUACCUCAGGAAUUCGCGACGCUAACGAAGGAACUCAACCAGGCCAGGGAACAGCUGUUAGAGCGAGAGGAGGAGAUCUCAGAGCUCAAGGCAGAGAGGAACAACACCAGGUUGCUACUCGAGCACCUAGAAUGUCUGGUGUCGCGGCACGAGCGCUCGCUGCGCAUGACGGUGGUGAAGCGGCAGGCGGCCGCGCAGUCCGGGGUGUCCUCCGAAGUCGAGGUUCUAAAGGCGCUCAAGAGUCUCUUCGAGCACCACAAGGCGCUGGACGAGAAGGUCAGGGAAAGGUUACGAGUGGCGUUAGAAAGGAAUACGGCCUUAGAAGAAGAGUUAUCGUUAACCAAAGAAGAAUUACAACAGUACAAGUCGUCCACCGGCCAAGACGACAAGCCGAAGGAGAACGGCACGGUGCCCACCGGCUCGCCAGACCAAAACGGCGAGCCUCAGCAGCCUAAGGAAAAUAAUGUAAACGGCGAAUCGGACAACAACAAGCGUAUCACUGAGCUCCAUAACACGAUCGCCAAGCAGUCAGCGGAACUGAGCUCGUGGCAGCGGCGGGUGGCCGAGCUCAACAACAAGGUCUCGGAACUCGAGGAACGCCUGUCCAAGGGAGAGAAGGAGCUUGCCAAGAAACAGGACGAGUGCUCCAAGCUGCAGCGCGACUUGCGAGAGAACGUCGCGCAGAAGGAGGACCAGGAGGAGAGGAUAGCGACCCUCGAGAAGCGGUACCUCAACGCGCAGCGCGAGUCCACGUCACUGCACGACCUCAACGAGAAGCUUGAACAAGAGCUGCAGCACAAGCAGGCUCAGCUCAAGCUGCAAGAAGAGAAGAUCGCGGCCAUUGAAGAGAAGUUGGAACUGUCCACGCAGAAACUGGCCCAGAUGUCUUCGCUGCCCGAGAUGGAGGAGCAGUUGAAGGCCCGUAUGGAGGCCCUCAACCAGGCGCAAGAAAGGCACGGGUCCGCGGAAGACCGCAUCCAGCGGCUGGAAGCGAACGUCGAAGAAAAGAACGCGGAGCUGAUGCGCCUCAACCAACGCCUGCGUAUGAACGAAGAACAUAACACGCGCCUCUCCGCCACAGUCGACAAGCUGCUGUCCGAGUCUAACGACAGGUUGCAAGUGCACCUCAAAGAGCGGAUGCACGCGCUAGACGAAAAGAACGCGCUGACGCAGGAGCUGGACAAGACGCGCAAGUACGCCGACGAGCUGCUGGCCGACAAGCAGGACGUGCUCAAGGAGCUCGCCAAGUGGCGCAUGGAGACCGAGCAGCUGAAGCGUCAGAUGCUGGAGCAAGAGAUCGCGUUCAACAUCCAGCAGACGGACGCGCUGACGCGCUCGCUGUCGCCCGCCGCGCACCCGCUGCCGCACCCGCACCCGCUGCCGCACCCGCAGCAUCCGCACCAGCCGCCCGUGGGGCUGUUUCAGCCCAAGCUGGAUGGUUCGUGGGAGCAGCUGCAGCAAGCGCACGCGCUAGCCUCGCAGCAGCCUUUCGACGUGUCCAGCGACGCAGAGAACGACGAGUCGGACGGCGGCGUCGAAGGCGGGCACACGGACGCGGCCGCGCUGGCGCUCAUGCUGCAAGAGCAGCUCGACGCCAUCAACACCGAGAUCCGCCUCAUCCAGGAGGAGAAGCAGUCCACCGAGGCGCGCGCCGAGGAGCUCGAGUCCCGGGUGGGCAGCUACGAGCAUAUGAACGUGGUGUCGCGGCGCGGCGAGUCGCCGCCGCUCGCCGCGUCGCCGUCACGUCCGCACCCGCUGCCGCACCCGCCUCAUCCGCACCACGCGUCGCACCACAAGUACCACACGUUACAGUUGUGCGAAGAAGGCGCGGGCAUGGGGGCGGGCCCCGCGGGCCCCGCCGGCGCCGAGGGGGCGGAGUCUCCGCUGACCGCGCGCUCGCUGCGACUAGAGCGUGCGGCGCGCGCGUUGCACGCCGAGCGCGACCGACUGAGCAGGACGCACUACCAGCCGCCUUAUGACUCGACUUCAAUGAUGUCGGGGAGCCUCGCGCGGUUUCCGAUCCACAGGUGGACACCUGGCUCUCACUUUACACCUGUAGCCACCAACUCAAUAGACGUUACAGCCCUCCAACAUCUACAAACUAACUAUAUGCCUCAUAAUACAAUGACUCGUCUUAAUAACCCAAUGUCUUAUUCUACAAACGCGACGAAUCUCCAACAUAUACCAACUAAUACAAUGACUCGUCUUAAUAACCCAAUGGGUUAUCCUAACAACGCGGCAUUACAUGCCUCUAACACAAUAAGGCAUGGUGAUAGUCUUUUGUCUCAUUCUGGUAUCAAAACCUCAUAUUCCUCAAACACAUUAAGCCACGCCCCCACGUCAAUAACUCCACCCAACAAUCGUAUGUCACAUCCUACCAAUCUCAUGUCUCAUCCCACAAAUACAAAAUCACUCCCGACAAUCCUUAUAUCCCACGCUUCAAAUCCCAACUUAAGAAAUUUACCUAAUCAACCAGUAUCUGGUCCUAGUAAUUCUAUGACACAUAUUCCCAGACCAAUUUUUCACUCUACAAAUACUCUUCAACCAAUGUCCCAUUCCACUACUCAUAUGCUACGCCAAACGGAUCCAAUUCCUGGUCCUUCGAAUCGCAUAUUUCCACCUACCAAUCUGCUGUCUCUCUCACACAGACGGUUGUCCUUCUCUGCCAAUCCAAUGACCACCGCCAGACCACUAUCCUAUUCAUCAAAACCUAUGUCCUUGUCAGAGGUUAAUUUGGCCAAUGUAUGGUGUGACUGCCCGGACACUGUAUUUAACUAUGUGCCCCAUAGAUUGUGCCUUAAAUCCAACUUGUACAAGAUGAUCGAUAACUAUUUGUUUCACCACCCUUGUCUUGUUAAAUCUGGGACUAAGUUACAUGGAGCUAAAUUCAUGGUAACCUCAAGUCAAGAGUCGUUAGGCGGGCUAACCACGAGCGGCUGGGGCGGCGGCGGCGGCGGGGCGUCGCCGGGGCUGCCGCGGGGCGUGGCGGCGGCGGCUUCUGCCGUCUCCAUCGCUUCUAUGCACCAGCAGAAGAAGCGGGGCAUCAAGAGCUCGUUAGGAAGGUUCUUUAGUAAGAAGGAAAAGGCUGGAUUACCGAUGCAACAGACCGGGGGCGCUCGGUCGCUGUCGUCGGCGUCGUCGCUCGGGCUGUCUUCGCUAGGAGACGAGCCCGCGCCUGACCUCGCUCCACUACAACACCAAGACUACGCGCGCUCGAAGACAAAAGAAAGGGACUACCGGCACGAGCUUCUAGGCGAGGCGAUGCGCGCAGGCACGCCCUUCGCGCUAUGGAACGGGCCCACCGUGGUGGCGUGGCUCGAACUAUGGGUCGGCAUGCCGGCCUGGUACGUGGCGGCCUGCCGCGCCAACGUCAAGUCCGGCGCCAUCAUGUCCGCGCUGUCCGACCAGGAGAUCCAGCGGGAGAUAGGCAUAAGCAACCCGCUCCACCGGCUGAAGCUGCGGCUGGCGAUCCAAGAGAUGGUGUCGCUGACGUCGCCGUCGGCGCCGCGCGGCACCGCCUGCGCCGCGCUCGCCUUCGGGGACAUGAACCACGAGUGGAUCGGCAACGUGUGGCUGCCCUCGCUAGGAUUACCUCAAUAUAGGACAACGUUUAUGGAAUGUCUGGUGGACGCUAGAAUGUUAGAACAUUUAACUAAACGAGAUUUAAGAACGCAACUCAAAAUGGUCGACAGUUUUCACAGGACGUCGCUCCACUUCGGCGUGCAGUGCCUGAAGCGCGUGGGGUACAGCGUGCGCGCGCUGGAGGAGCGGCGGCGCGCGGCCGAGCACGCCGUGCGCGACGUGCUCGUGUGGACCAACGAGCGGCUGCAGCGCUGGCUCGCCUGCAUCAACCUGAAGGAGUACGCCAACAACCUGUCGGAGAGCGGCGUGCACGGCGCGCUCAUCGCGCUCGACGACAACUUCGACGCCAACAGCAUGGCGCUGGCGCUGCAGGUGCCCACGCAGAACACGCAGGCGCGACAAAUCCUUGAAGUGGAAUUCAGCAACCUACUGGCGGCAGGCACGGAGCGCGCGGCGCGGCCGGCGCACGCGCAGCCGUCCUGACACCACGCCAUCAACUAGGCGCCGCCCACGCCGCCCGAGCGCGCGCUGUGACGCCUACACCCGCCGAAAACGAUCCCUCGCGAAACUUCCACGCACUCGAUUCAAACUUGUCCCGAGUGAUACGCGGUCGCUCGAAGGGAGUGAGUCUGAAAGUUGAUAUUUGCAUUUGUUUGGCCGAUACCACGUGAAAACUGUAUUAAUUUUAUUUGAAUCGAUGAAUUGUUGCCUUUGAAUCGUAGAAUUGCAAUUUAAAUCGAUCAAAACCGAUCAAACGAUAAUUUGUUGACGCGAAUCAAAAUAUACAGUUUCACUUCUCCAACGUCGAAAUAGACAAAGAUGAUGAUAAAAGUCAUUGUUAUUCAUCAUCUUCAUAUGAAAAUUAUUUAUUCCUUGUUACGGUUGCCUUGAACUCUCGCAUGUUUAGACAUUGUACCGGCUGCAUAUUUAUGCAUACGUUUGGAGAUAUGCCGAAGUGAAUCGGCAUGGCGGCAGUGUCUGUGGUUAUUCCCUAUAAUUUUUAACAUGGCAACAUUGCAUUAGAAUUGCCGAUGAAUUUGAAAGAACGCAUUACGUUUUCCGUUUAGAAAUAGCUAGUACAAAUUUCCAGAUUGAUGAACUGCAAAUGUUAUGAACUUUUAUAAAGAAGUGUUGCCGUGCUAAAAUAAUAAGUGUUGUUAAUACAAUAAAGUUUUCACUAAUUGUGUAUAUUGACUAUUAAUAAAAUAUACAGUUGUAGCGAAGUUAUGCUUGAUAUAUCGAUAUAAAUAACAAAGUGCUCUGAUGCGGUAGUUUUACUAUGUACUUAACAUGUAUUCCAGUAUUUAUUAUUACGAAAUAUGUAAGUAUGUACUGCGACGCCGCGUCUAUGUGAAUAUACAGAUGAUUGUUUCUAUACGUUAUAGAAUUUUACUAUUCUUUUAAAAUAUUCUUAUGUGUUACAAAAAGUGCUAUGUUCUUAUGAAUUACUAUAAAUUUUAAAUUGUCUGCUCAAUUCCUUCAUGCGUAUAUUCACAUGAUCCGGUUUAACUAAUCGAUCAUAAUCAUACUCUGAUGCCAAAUAUUAGUUACAUUUAACUAAUAUAUUUAAGGCUGAUUUCAUAGUCAGCUACUUACGUCGCAAUCUGUCAAAAUAACUCCAUUCUAAACUUGAUAUACUCUGUUACUAUGCUUACGUUUCGUUGUUUCCGUAUCGCUGCGCGUGCGUUCCCUGACUAUGGAGUGAGUCGGUUAGAGUUACGAUUUCGCGACGAACUUGAAUCGGACAUUCGGGCGAGCUGUUGUCGUAUUUUUGUACCGGUCCUCGAUAGCGCUGCGGCCACAAGUGCCUCGCGAGGCGUGUAUAUACAUAGCUUUACGUAGAUGAUUGUGUGCCUCUCAUGUCGGUCCGUGUUCGCGCUUAGUGAACACGAUUAUAAUAAGUAACGGAAGGUAUUAAACGUUAACGUACAAUCACAAUACAAAGUAAUAUUAAUACGAAGUUACUAAUAGUCGCAAUACGCUUUAUCGCUUGUUGUUUGUUUGUGUGGGUACGUGAGUACGUACGGUUGGCGGUGAAGAGCACACAUACUAGUCUUAUGUACAGUGUUGACGGCAUUGUUUUGUAAUCUUCUAUUUUAUUAAACUACUUUAUAGCGGAAAGCAUAAACUGAGACGUAGCUAGGUAUAUUUUUGUUAAAACGUAUACAAAUAAUGAAGUCGAGUGAUCGUCUCACGUUGCACGAUACUUGUCAUCAUUCAUUGUUAACGGAAAUUACAAUCGGAAACUAAUUUCAAUUUAUUUUUAUUAUAGAUACUUAUCUGAUACAAAUAAUUGCGGUAGAUAAGAUCGUACAAUAAAUUAAGUUAUUAUUGAUAUCACAAGGUUGUGCAACAUGGAAUGCUCACGAUUUUCAGUUCAACAGCGGUGUACGAUCGGAGAAAUUAGUCCAAAAAUUUAAGUACUGCAUUAUUUAUGUGUCUUUCAAACGUUAUCUGUGUAAGAAGGUAUUGCUGUUUUGUAAAGACUUAAUGAAAUCGUGAUAUCUGCUUGCAAUGAAAACAAUAUGUUCUGACCGCGUACCGCUGAACUAAGUCUUCAAUAGUUAAUGAAAUAUAAAAAUUGUAUAGCUAACCGAUUUUAAUUUUGUGAAAUCUUUAUUGGUAGCGAAUAUAUUGUAAAUAUGGUUUCUAUGAUAUAGCGUUUCUAUCAUGUGUAGUUAAUGAAUGUAGCAAUAUUUAGCUAGGAUGUGUUCAAACGACUAGAUUGUUAAUUUUAUUAUUUUAAUGCUUUAUUUAUUAAACUAGGACUUAUUAUUUAUUAAGUUAUUACUUAUUAGUAACACUUGUCCAUACAUGUUCUAAUUCGGUUGGAAUAUUACCUCAUAUUGGUGUUCGUCGCCGACGUCGCUGAAGUGGCUGCGAUACGACGAGUAGGGCCCGUGAGUUGUGGUGUAUAGUGUGUAUGCGUAACAGUAUUAAUAAAAUAGGGAAGAUAUCGUGUGGCCGCCGGUGUGAAUUUGAAAAUUAAUAUUUAAUUUUUGAAUCGUAACCGACAGCGGGGAUCGGUUGGAUCACGCGGUUUUCCAAAUUUUAUAUCGAAAUUAUUCAAUGUAUUUAAAUUAAUCAUAAAUAAUAUAUUUAUCGUGCGUCGUUGUGGCUAAAGAAAGCGUCAAGCCGGGUGUCUUCGGGGCCCCGCCGUGCCCGCUGCCGAGCCCCGGCAGACCCGAGUGUUGUGUAUUAAGGGUUGACUUUUGUACUAACUGCCAGUGCCGGGGGCUCAGCCAGGGCCGGCCGGGGCCCGACGCGGAGGCGACGGCCGUCCCCGGCGCUCACAAUAUCAUUUAUACACAUCAAUCGUUUCACUAUGAAGUAAAAUUAUAUAUAGCGACUACAUAAAAUUUUAUAAAUGCGAGUAUGAUACGUUUACGGGAUGGUUAUUUAGUUAUUUGUUAGUGUAUAGCUUUCGGAUGUAGCUACGUUCUGUACGAUCGGAUGUAGAGUAGCGAUGUCCCGGUUCCCUCGACAGUAUUCCGUGAGGAGCUCCCAAGUGCCAAGCGCUCGGCGCGACGGGCGCGGUAAGAACAAUAACUAGAAUAGUUUUGUAUCUCCAUAACAUUCCACAUUCGAUGUUCAUGAGCCGAAGCCUGUGUCGAACAAAUCGAGAUAUUUUUCCACGUCGUAGUCCCAGUGGCUCGCGCUACCAAAGAGUUAAGUUACCCCCACGUUAAGAAAUUAAUGUAAAAUAGAUUAGUGAAAUUUCGAAUGUAUAUAAUUUUGCAUAAAUGUGUUGCAUAGCUUGGAAUAGGAGUAUGAGAGUUUGUACUGCUCGCGCCCCGGCCGCGGCCUGUCGCCACUUGCGGCUGCAUUCCACUGCCCGCGGACAAAGCAACUUCGGCCCGAAGCCACUGCUCGCUGCUCACGCGCACGUAACAAAGAUGGCGCGCGACUAGCUAGAAGCUGAUCGCCAAUCCAAAUCUUGCUUCGAUAUAACUCAAAAGUGAAUGUUGCUUUGUCUGUAGGAGAAGCUUUCUGUGUCACGAGUCGCUUCGGCCCUCGACUAGCGCAAUAUACGGGUGUUCCCUUGUGGUACAGGGGCUUUUGUCAUGUCUGAAAUCGAAAUUGUUAAACUAGACAGUGAUUAUUUUGACCAAUGUAAUCUGAACUACUGUGUAACCUUUGUAAAAAUAUUUAUCAGAUGUGCGAUGACGACAUACGUUAUGCAUAAUGAUAAGAGGUAAAUACAAUUUACACGAUA